UACCCCCUCCCCUCCAUGGCUGGCUGGCUUCUUCUAUAAAUUCAGCUUCCACAAUUUCUCUUCUUUCUCUCUGAACUUAUAUCGUUCUCUCUCUAAUUUCCGCACUACAAUUACAUCGCUGAAACGUUUCUUCAUCUCCAUCAAUGGGUUACGAAAACGAUCCAUAUCGCGAUGAGGAUGGGGAGCCGUUGAUGGACUUCGAUGAGGUCCAAUCCGAUCGGGAAGUGGAGGAUCAAGGUCAUCUCCUCCAAGACGACAUCCCCGAUGACAACGACGACGAUUGGCGCCGCCGGGAACGGUCCCCGACGCCGGUGUACGGAGACGACUCGGGUUUCUCUAAAUCCAAGCCAAGGAAGAGGCUAGUAAAGAAGAGCGCGAAGGAGAGCCCCCUUCACUACCCCGGGAUCGACGAGGAUGACUCGCCGGCGGCGUUUCAAGGUGACGUCGACGAGGAUGAUUUUUUGAGGAAGAGGAAGGAUAUUGAUAGUGGAAGCAAGAGGAAGGAGAAGAAAUUGAGGUUGGAGAAGAAAGAUAAGGGGUUCAAAUCGGGCUUGAAGAAGGGGAUGUCGAGGCGGUCCAAGGAUCAGGAUGGCGAUGCAGAGGUGAAGGAGCUUUGGGAUACGAUUGCAGGAGGAGAUUCUGAGGAUGAUCACGAGGGUCCAAGGACUGUGGAUGAUGAUAACUUCAUAGAUGAUACUGGUGUUGACCCUGCUGACCGAUAUGGAAGUGACCGUGAAGCACGUUCCCCUGGUGAUGCUCCUCAGGCGGAAGAGGGUGAAGAGGAUGAGGAAAUUAAGCAGCUCUUCAAGAUGGGUAAGAAAAAGAAGAAAAAUGAGAAAAGUGCAGCAGAAAUUGCAUUGCUUGUUGAGAAUGUCAUGGCUGAGCUAGAAGUUACAGCUGAAGAAGAUGCAGAACUGAAUAGACAGUCAAAACCUGCUAUUAAUAAACUCAAAAAGCUCCCUCUUCUUACUGAGGUUCUCUCAAAGAAACAACUCCAGCAAGAAUUCUUAGAUCAUGGGGUACUGACCCUUUUGAAGAAUUGGCUUGAACCACUUCCUGACGGAAGCUUACCCAAUAUAAACAUCCGAGCAGCAAUAUUAAGGAUCUUAACUGAUUUCCCUAUUGAUCUAGAGCAGUAUGAUAGAAGAGAGCAGCUGAAGAAGAGUGGUCUUGGAAAGGUCAUUAUGUUCUUAUCAAAGUCUGAUGAGGAGACUACCGCCAACAGAAAACUUGCUAAGGAUUUGGUUGAUAAAUGGAGUCGGCCCAUAUUUAAUAAGAGCACAAGGUUUGAAGAUAUGAGGAACUUUGAUGAUGAGAGGGUUCCCUUUCGGAGGCCAUCUGCAAAGAAGCCAAUGAAUAAAGCUGCAGGAAUGGAAUCUAGAGAUGAUGAUCUUGAUUUGGCUGACCUUCCACAGGAAAGGAAGUCUGGACAAUCAUCUUCUAGGUUACAUGCGUCAAGGCCAGAAGCAAUGCCGCUAGAUUUUAUAGUGCGUCCUCAGUCUAAGAUUGAUCCAGAUGAAAUUAGGGCCCGUGCUAAACAAGUUGUACAGGAUCAACGUCGUCUGAAGAUGAACAAGAAGCUGCAACAGUUGAAGGCACCCAAAAAGAAGCAGCUUCAAGCUACAAAACUGAGCGUUGAAGGUCGUGGUAUGGUCAAAUACUUGUAGUGUCAUGACUCAUUCCUCUGCUCGGAAUACAUGGGGCUGGGAUAUCGGUAUGAACACCUUCAAUCGUGCCAACUACUUCCAAGGCUUUCUGUGAAAGCUCGGAGAGUAGAGUACCUUAGGGGCCAUCCACACUCACUCAUAUGUGAGCCCUUCUCAACUCAGAUGGAUUCUUAACUGGCCCACCCCGAGAUCCAUACCCUCCUUUGAGUUGGAUUCUCAUCUCUAUGUAACUUUUUAAAUAUGCAUUUUAAAACGCUGGUCUGCUGUUCUUCCUUCCUUUCUUUCCUUUUUUUUUUUUUUUGGUUGGUUGCUGCUCAAUUCUCUCCCGAAAUAAUGAUACUAAAUAUCUCAUAUAUGAAAAAAAAAAAAUUCUUCAA